AUGACGGACUCAUUAACGAGCAUGUUUCGACAACAAUGCGAACACUUAUUACAAUUACAGAAUCGUCUUUUAACAAGUCCAAUAGAUACUAUUCCAAUAGACGUUUACAAGGAACUGAUGACCACUUACCUGUGUUUAUCGAAAAUUAAUGAAGCGAAGUUUUUAUGGGAAAAUCUUCCAGCUCAUAUGAAAACGGAUAAAGAAUUUCAAUUUUUAGCAUCAUUGGUUUCAUCGCUGAAUUUAAAACAAUAUGAAGAUUUUUAUAGAUUAUGUCAAACAGCACUUGAAAAUAAUUCCUCAUAUGAUUUAUCGCCACAAAUGAAUCAAUAUCUGCAAAAAUUGAUUUCUCGAGUAACAAUACAAAAUGUUGAAUUAAUUGAACUUGCAUAUAAGUCUAUUUCAUUCGAUGACCUUCAAAAAUUGUUUGGUCUCAAUACAAAAAUGGUUCAACAGAUCUGUAAUGAUCGUGCUUGGCAAAUGGAUUCUGCAGGAGUUUAUGUUCUUCCUAAACACAAUGAUAAUACUUCGGCGGCAUCAAAUUCAAAUUUGACUAAAUUGGUUGAACUUGUAUGCUUCUUAGAAAGAUAA